UCUUUGGAACUACAACAGUAGCGGGACGUUCUCUCUUUUCCGUAUGCAAGAGUACACCAAAUCGAUUCGACAGCAGCUAUUUAAGAGUCGCACUACUUGCAAGACUGCAGCGUAUAGUUGCGGUUUACUCUCCGCUCUCCAGAAAGUGUGCUUUGAAGAAAUAUUACUUGAAAGUGUUCAAACUUUUUGAGUGCUGUUUGCUGCAGCAAAGUCUGCAGCUCUUAUUUUGCAUUUAAAAAACGUUUUUGAUAUAGUUUGAUUAUUUCUUUUUUGCAAUAUUAUUGAAUAACGGAGGGAUUUUCGUUUUAGCGUCGCGAGGCGAUUUUUUUUAUUCUUAAAAUUUGAUUCAUUUCACCUGUAAUUGUUCAUCUCAAGUUUUCGCAUGAAUCUACUCGACCCAUUUCUGAAAAUGUCAGACGAACAAGAGAAGUGUCUCUCUGACGCCCCAAGCCCGAGCAUGUCGGAGGAUUCUGCAGAGUCUCCGUGUCCGUCCGGAUCUGGGUCCGACACCGAGAACACGAGACCGUCCGAGAACAGCCUGAUGGGGAAGGACGGUGCGCACGGCGACUUCAAGAAAGACGAGGACGACAAAUUCCCCGUCUGCAUACGGGAUGCGGUCUCCCAGGUGCUGAAGGGCUACGACUGGACCCUCGUGCCCAUGCCCGUCAGGGUGAACGGAUCCAGCAAAAACAAACCUCACGUCAAGAGACCCAUGAAUGCCUUCAUGGUGUGGGCACAAGCCGCGCGGAGGAAGUUGGCAGAUCAGUACCCUCACCUUCACAAUGCCGAGCUCAGCAAAACUCUGGGGAAACUCUGGAGAUUGCUCAACGAAGGAGAAAAGCGUCCCUUCGUCGAGGAGGCCGAGCGACUGAGAGUGCAGCACAAAAAAGAUCACCCCGACUACAAGUACCAGCCGAGGCGGAGGAAAUCCGUGAAGAGCGGGCAGAGCGAGCCCGAGGAGAACGAGCAAACCCACAUCUCCCCGAAUGCCAUCUUCAAGGCGCUGCAGGCAGACUCGCCCGCCUCCAGUAUGGGCGAGGUGCACUCCCCCGGAGAACAUUCAGGUCAGUCCCAGGGCCCCCCCACCCCUCCAACCACCCCCAAAACAGAAGUGCCCUCCGGCAAAGUGGACCUGAAGCGCGAGGGGCGCCCCCUAGAGGGGACAGGCAGGCAGCUCAACAUUGACUUCCGGGACGUGGACAUCGGGGAGCUGAGCAGCGACGUCAUCUCCAACAUCGAGGGCUUCGACGUCAACGAGUUCGACCAGUACCUGCCCCCCCACGGGCACCCCGGCGCUCCCGUCCCCAACCCGGCCCACGUGCCGGGAGGCCAGGUGGCCUACACCGGCAGCUAUGGUGUCAGCAGCACCUCGGUGACCCAGGCGGCGGGCGCCGGCGGGCACGGCUGGAUGCCCAAGCAGCAGCAGCAGCAGCAGCAACAGCAGCAGCAGACCCUGACCGCCCUGGGUGGGGAGCCAGCCCCCGGCCAGCAGAGACCCCCCCACAUCAAGACAGAGCAGCUGAGCCCCAGCCACUACAGCGAGCAGCAGAGUUCCCCUCAGCACGUCAGCUACGGCUCCUUCAGCCUGCAGCACUACAGUGCCACCUCCUACCCCAGCAUCACACGCUCCCAGUAUGACUACUCCGACCACCAGGGCGGCGCCGGCUCCUACUACAGCCACGCGGCCGGCCAGGGCUCCGGCCUCUACUCCACCUUCGCCUACAUGGGCCCCAGCCAGAGGCCCAUGUACAGCCCCAUCGCCGACACCACCGGGGUGGCCUCCGUCCCCCAGACGACCCACAGUCCCCAGCACUGGGAGCAGCAGCCUGUGUACACCCAACUCUCUCGGCCUUGAAGGGGGG